AUGUCACGAAAGGGCGUUUCGGCAGCAGAGAAGCGCACACGGCUUUUGGAUUACUUUCACGAGACACUCACGUUCCAUAAACUCCAAGAACUGGAAAAGACUGUGCCCAAAGAGAAAGGAAUUGUUCAGCAGGCUGUGAAGGAUGUCUUGCAGUCUCUUGUCGAUGAUGGAUUGGUGACGGUCGAGAAGAUUGGAACCUCCAACUUCUAUUGGUCCUUUCCCAGCGCAGUGCAACAAGCAAAAAACGCACAACUUCAGAACUUGGAGGCUGAAAUGAACAGGAUUGAAACAGCCAAUGCAGACCUGGAGAGUAAGAUUCAGGAGGCUGCCGGAGGCCGUCAAAACAACGCACAACGCCAGGAGAUGCUCAAGCAGUUGCAGGAGGCUGAGGCACUGGACGCCCAGUACCAAAAGGAGCUCAAGCAGUAUAGUGACAACGAUCCAAGCUUGAUCGAGGCUCAAAAGAACAUCUUCACGUUCCAGUCAUACUGUGUAGACAAGUUUAUGGUCGACCGCCAGGAGUUCAACCGCAACUUCAACAUCCCCGAGGACCUCGACACUAUUCCUUGA